UUAUUUUGUUUUAUUUUGCUUGUAACUCUUUGUGAUUAAUUGUUUUCCCAUAAUAACACUCAUCUUCAAUCGUUGGCCAUCUGUUUGGGAAUGUUCCUAUGAAAGUUCGAGGUUAAUGGUUCAUUUAUCAUGAUCAAAAUACGUCAAUUCGAUUGUUCUAGUCUUGUCUUUUUGCCCAAUAACACACUCUUUACACAUUUUGGGAAAGUAUAAAAAAGCAGAGAAGCGUUCAAUCGAACCGUCAGAAAGCUUUGCCAUUGAAAGUGAUAUCAUCUUUCGACUAACGUUAUACUUUUGUUCGUCAUUUGAUCUUAUUGAAAAAUCAAUAAAACUCCAAAAUGAAAGUCUUUAUUGUAUCAAUCGUACUCUCUUAUGCUUGCUUUUCAACCGCCUCUCCAUUGUUAGGAGGACUUCUUGGUGGUGGUUCCUCAUCUUGUAGUGCCGGAUCAGGAGGUCUUGGCAGUGCUCUUGGUGGUGUUACUGGAACCAUUGGUGGAUUGACUGGUUCCCUUGGUGGCGUUACUGGAUCUCUCGGUGGUAUUACUAAUGCUGUUGGUGGUGUUACUGGUUCCUUGAGCGGAAUCACUAGUGGUGUUACUGGUUCCAUUGGUGGUAUUACUAAAUCUGUUGGUGGUGUUACUGGCUCUUUGGGCGGAAUUACUAGUGGUGUUACUGGUUCUCUCGGUGGAAUCACUGGUGGUGUCUCUAACUUGGCUCAAUCUGGAAUCGGUAGCGCACUUGGUGCAGCUUCUAGUCUUUCCUCAGUUGGAUCUGGUUUGAAAGAAUCAGUUAUGAACAAGGCUAAGAAUAUUGCUUCUUCAGCAUUGGAAACUGCCAGCUCCACUGCAUCGUCUGCUAUCAACUCUGCCUCUCAACUCCAGUCAGCUCAAUCUCGAUCUUCAAAUCAAUAUUCAGCUGAAAACCAAUCAUCAGAAAGAAACUAUGAAAACUAUCAAGCUCAACAACAACAAGCUAACCAGCAAUAUCAAGCAGCUUCAUCCAACCAAAACUUCCAAGCUUCAAGCUAUGGUAGCUCCAACGGAGGAUCAAGUGGUUACUCUUACAAUGCUUAAAUAAAUGUUUUAGAUGAUUUUGUGAUUAAAUAAAAUUUUACUUUAUUGACUAACAAUUUAAAUUGAAAAUGAUUGUAAAGUAAAAUUACUUGGUCACCUAAUUACUCUAUGGUUGCAUGUAACAUUCAUUCUCAUGUAAUUUGUGUUAGUCGUUGAACGAUUGUAACGGGUUUGCCAACAUUUAAUGUACUGAUUCAAUAAACUGUUUAUGAAAUUAUCA